AGCGAGCAGGAGGCGGAGUCACAGCCGACGCGACGGCGGCUCGGCUUCCCUUUGGCAGCGUCAGCUCCUCCUCCUCCUCGCCGCAGGGGGCCGCUGUUGCGCCGGACGCGAGCCGGCCCGUGCAAGGGACUCUCUCCGCGCGCGGAGCCGGGCUGGUGGGCGCGUCGCCGGCGCCGCCGAGGAGGCCAAGGCCGCCGCCGCCGCCGCCGCCCUUUCCGGGUCCGCUGCGGCGGCGCUCCGAAGGAAGCCAGGGAGUGCCGCCCGCGUACCAGCCGGCCUGGCGCCGCUCUUCCCCGUGACCGCCCCGCUGGUGCUGCUGCUGCUGGGCCGCCGCCAGCACCGCCGGUGUUGGGGCUACCGCUACUACUCCGCCCCGCCGCAGCCGCCGCCUUGCCUCGUCUCCCGGCCCCUCCUCGCCGCCGCCGCCGCCGCCCGCUGCCGGUCGCCGCCCGCCCCCGCCAUGCCCGGCCCGGCCGCCGGGAGCCGGUCCCGCGUCUACGCCGAAGUCAACAGCUUGAGGAGUCGCGAGUACUGGGACUACGAGGCGCACGUCCCCACCUGGGGGUAAGGCCGGAGGCGGCGGGAAAGAGACCGGCGGGCGGGCUCGGGGUCUCUCGCUCGCUAUGGAGCUAUUCGGCGCCGAGGCCUCGCCAGCCAGCCAUGGCCUCCCAGCUUCCUGCCUGCUUGAGGCGCAGCUAGGCAGUCUGUGGCCCCGCGCAAGGGCCGCCCUUUCCCACAUGGUCCUCGGGGCGCCUCGACGUCCGCCUGGUGGGCAGAGCCGGAGGGCCCGUCUCGAAGGCGAGUCUGCGUGUCCAGGGCGCCUUGGGAGGCAGAGGAAAGCGCAGCUGGAAGUGGGCUCGGCCGCCUGGCGUCCCUUUAAAGGCCCUGCUUUGCUUCUUCCCGGGCCUGCUUUCCGCGUACUGCGCUCUGUCGCUCCCCAUGUGCAGGGUUUAGCGCACCCGCCCGACAGCCCAUCAUUUGCAGCCUUGCUUUGCGUACCGUCCCUCGUGCCGAAGAAGGGGUUGGGAAAGAUGGGAUCAGAAAGUGGCUGGGAUCUGGAACGGUGUUGAUUAAGAGGGAUUAAAGAAUGAUAAAAUAUGAAAUCAGCAAUGGAGAUCUUGCAGUGUAGAUCCAGGUUGUUCUUGGACUCCAAAUCUCAGCAGCCUGCAUGGCCAGUAGUCAGUAAUGACAGACAAUAAUUGGCCACAGGUUUCCCGCCCCUGGGUUCAAGUAGCCUUCCGCGAAUUAGUGUCCUCCAGACAUUUUGCAUUACAGCUCCCACCAGCCCUGGUUAGUAGUAUGACUAGCAGCGAUGAUAGAAGUUGCUGGUCUGGUCUAGGUUGUUGCUGCUGGGAUUCACUCUUAAUACUUCAAACUUGGAUUGUGCAAUGAGAGUGAGCUAGUGCUCUUGGGCUCUUCUCCCCCCCUCCCUACAGAAGCCCCACAUUUUGUGGUAGGGUAGGGGUAGUGAUGGGAAAUUCCCUGGAAAGUGUAGGAUAACAGUUGCUUACUGUGGCAUCAUAUAAGUGUCCUACAAACAGAUCAGAAUGAGUGCUCAAUAAAUAACAGACAUGAUAUAACCAUCCCAUAAACUUUUUGUAAGGAAAUCAGGAUGUGAAAGCUCAGUAAGCAGGUUGCCUUGAAGUGACAGUACUUCAAAAUGUCUAGAAAGCUACAUAGUUGGGAAAGGCUAGUCUAGGCCCUCACAGGCUUGAGAUGCACACACAAGUUCCAACUCAGUUACUCUGAACACCCUUCUGUACUAAGAGUAAGGUGAUUGUUUCCCAUCUUCAUUGCAUUUUUAUGGGUGAAAAUGAGAUUCUAACAAGUGUAAUCAUGAUUCAGAAGUAGGGCUUAGGAGUUGCUAGUUAUUCCUGAUUAACAGGCACAAAGCUGUGCUCUUACGUAGUGGUGUUAGGCGUGUGUGCAUGUGCACAUGUGCUGUGCUGGUUCCUCUGUCCUUUCAAAAAUGAAUAAGCAAAAGUAGGGUUGGGCAUUUGGUUAAUCGGUUACUUUGUAAAGUUUUAUGAGCAUAAUAUAAUUAACAAUUUUGAUACUUAAUACUAAUCACAAAAACCAAUUUGGAUAACAUUUAUUGUGAAACAAUAAUAAAUUUAUUAAAUGAAUUAUUUUAUUACAUAUUAAUUUCACUCUUCACCCUAAUGAGAUCAGGAACAGCUUACAUGGUUUUCCCCUGCCCCCGAUCUUCUCAACAAUUGUAAGAAUGUAAGAAGAGCUCAAAGACCCAUCUAGUCAAGCAUUCUCUUCUCACAGUGGUCAAUUUGAUGCUUGUGGAAACCAGAGCGCAACAGCACUUUCCCCACUUGAGUUUCCCAGCAAGUGGUAUUCAGAUGCAUUGAAAGCCUUAUCCUCCAUGAAUUUAAAGCCAUCCAAGUUGGUGGCCAUUGCUAUAUUUUUGGGAGCAAAUUUCUUAGUUCUAUGUGUUGUAUGAAGUACCACCUUUUGGCUGUCUUGAGUCUACCAAUAUUUAGCUUCAUUGGAUGACCUCUGUUUAUUUAGUAUGAUGAGAGAAGGGAAAAAGUCUUCACCCUAUCCACUUUCUCUAGUCUAGACCAUGUAUGAUUCAUUACGCCUCUUUUUGCCUUUUUUUCUGAACUAAGGCGCCUCAUAGGGGAGUAAUACUUGCUUUUUCUGAAGUUUUUCCAGUUCUACAAUAUCCUUUUUUUGGGGUAAGGUGACCAGAACUGUAAUGUUCUACAGAUGGUGGCACCAAAGAUUUGUAUAAUGACAUUAUGAUAUUAUUGACUGUUUUGCUUUAAAUCCCAUUCAUAAUUAUCUCUCAUAUGAAGUUCACUUUUUUCACAGCUUCUGUGGGCUAGGAACACACUGAGGUGUCCAAUGCUAUACCAUGAUCUCACUCCUGGUCAUCCAGCACCAGUUCAGACCCCAUUAGUAUUUGUUAUGGGGUCAGGUUUUUGUUUUUUGUUUUUUACUAUAUUAUUUAUUUUUGUGUUUUUUAUAUUGUAAACCAUUCUGUGAUCCUCAGAUGAAGGAUGGCAUAGGCAUGAUGAUGAUAAUAAUGCUAAAUAUGGAAACUUUCCAGAAAUUGUGAAUCCAUAGAAAAAACAAUGUUGGGGUAUGGGGGGAUUUGGGGUGAAAUAUGCAAUCCAUUUUAAAAGCAUCCUUUACAGUUCAAAAGUCAUUUUGUUACUUUUGUAACAUAAACUAUAUUAUAUAUAACCUUGCUUACUAUAAAAUUGCCAUGUUUUUGUAUAUUAAAAUGCACUUUAUUCAGACAAUAAUUAUAGGUUCUAUUUACUUUUUAAAAUCUUAGUUACAAAUGGAGCUACAAGGUGCUGAACUGUAAGAAUUUUUUUGGGCAUCUCUUUGCUUUUACCAGUUUAUGAGGAGCCAGCAAAAAAUAAUAAAAACAGAAGAAACAGCCAACAUCUCUGUCUGGAGAGACAAUGGAGUGCUCCUCCAGGGGUGAAGUCAAACCCCUGAAGUGACCUUCCCGGGACACAAGCCUGAGCAAUGUGUAUGGGGGUCCCAUGCUGCCCAGAUGACAAGACACGUGCCCCCUCCCCUUGGCCUCACUGAAGUGGUCCAAAGGAAAGCUGAGCAAUACAUUUGGCACCAGUUUGACUGCAGAAGUUCCCAGAAGGAAACUUAGAAGGUGCCAUCCAGCUGUCUUAGGGACUCCACUCCUGAUUCGUGUAGGCUUUACUAAAAAAAAUUUCUCCCGAAAAUAUCAGGCAAGGCAGCAGAGGUUUAGGAUCAGAGUUUUCUUUCUCCUAGAUGAGCUACCUUCUCAGGUUGAUGAGCCUCAUCUGCCGUUUACUUCCCUCUACACAGCAUGUGCAGGAACUACCUUCUUGACUGUUGGACCCACCAUUGGUCUCAUUCUUUCAAUCAACUGGAGCCUGUCUUUACAGGCAGGGAAGUCCUUAACUCACCAAGGGUUUGUGACCCAUCGGCUACCCUCACCUGGUUUAGCUGGCCAGUCAAUUCUACAUGAAAUUUAAUCAGUCUUUAUUUCUGAGCUAUCACUACCAAGUUCUGGGUCUUCAUAUUUGUUACUUUCUUUCUCCUUCUUUCGCCAAACCUUUGUUAGGCAUUAUAGACAUAUUUGUUACAUUUAUCAUGGACUGCUCAAGUUUUGCCCAGAUUGAAACAAGCUGAUCUAUUUGAUAUAUCAGUUUAUUUCUUGAUUUGGUGUAAGUAUUUCCAAACAGAUCCGUUUCUUUCAUACACUGUAGAAGUUGAAGGAAUCUGAAGUAGGUAAGAAGCACGAGGGGUCAGAGGCUUGCCACCAUGCUGCAAGAGGGAUUAGUUUGGCAGAAUCACAGACUGCAUUUGAGGACUGAACGCCUGAAUAUGUUCUGUAUUCUGCAACAUUUAAAGGUGCAUUUCCAACAUCAAGUCCCAAGUUUGUUGCUUGUUUGUAAUCUAGUCAAAUGCAGAAGCAGUGCUAUCAUUACUUACUUUUCUGACUUUAAAUCAUGAAUCCAACAGAUUUUCACUAGAAUCAAUUGGGUGGCAACAAAAUUCCCAAAACCUUUGCAAAAGAGGAGCAAUGGCUCUGACAGUGUCCUAGAACCCUUCUGCUUUACUAGACUUUGGGAAGGACACAAGAGGACUCUAGGACCCUAUCAGAGCCCUCCCGCCUCCUUCCCAAAGCUGGGCAAACACUCACUGGGCUUUGGGAAGGCAGCACUCUGAGAUGCUGCCAGACCCCUCACACGCCCUUCCCAAAGCUGGGUGUUCCCGGCUUUAAAUGAUGCAUGGAUAGACAAACCCUCACAUGUAAGUUACCUGUACAUACAAAUUACAAUGAUCUCAUACAGUACAUGGUAUUACAUACAGGUCUUUCUGUUACAUAGUUUUUAGAAACCAUUUUAAGGGAGUAGAUAUAUGAAGACUUUGCCUUAAACAUUUUAUUCAGCAUUGUAAAGGAAAAUAUUUCAUAAUCUUUUUUUAUUUUAUUUUUUAUGGGGGCGGGUUGGGAGAAAAAAUAAAAUGGUGUUGGAAAACCCUGCACUUUUUCUGAAUUUUCUCAGUCCCUCCACCAGGCCUUCACAUCUCUGCUGCUCAGUAAACUUGGCUGCUGCACAGUUCACCCCUAGCUCCACGUCAUGUAUAAUAAACAAGUUAAAAAGUUUCGCCUAGGUCCUAGUACCGAUCCUUGGAGGACUCCACUUUCUACCUCUCUAUUGGGAGAACUAUCCCUUUAUUCUUUCUCUUGGCUUGCUGUCCCUUAACCAGUUACCUGUUCUUUUAUCACAUAACUUGGUGAGGAACACAGUGUUGACUGGCUCACUCAUAUCUAUAUGGCAGGUGAUUCUCUCAAAUAACUCUAAAAUGUUAAUGAGAUAGGACCAAACCUUGCAGAAACCACGCUGAUUCAACUUUAGCAAUACUUAAUUUUUCUAGAUGCUUGGCCAUGUUUCUCGCCAGUUUUCCUGGAAUAGACACCAAGCAAGUCAGCCUAUAAUUUCCCUGAUGUCACCUGGAUCCUUUUCUUUUUCUUUUUCUUAAAAAAGUGGUGUUACAUUGGCCACCUUCCAGUCCUCUGGUAUGAAGGCUGAUGUUAGAGACAAGUUAAAUAUUUUUGUUGGAAGGUCAGUGCUUUCGUACCACCUUGGGUGGCUGUUAUCUGGAUUGAUUGAUUUGUCCAUUUUUUGUUAAUAUUUAUUCAUAUAACAUGUACAGUGCAUAUUAAAAGGACAUUAGGAGAAAAGAAAACACCCUGAAAAUAACUAUACAAAAAAUAGAACACAAAAAGCUACUUUAAAGAUAUCAACAACUAAUACCAGUGGGACAGCAAAAAAGAAAAAAAGUUUAAAGGGCGUAAGAGACAAAAAAGCCAAGUAUGUUCAGUGAUUCUUCUAAAUAAACUCAUACUUGGCUGAACAAGGCGACCUACCUGAAACUUGUCAACAAAGCCAAGAACUCUUGUCAUCACUAUUUGCCUCAGUUCCUCAAACUCCUUGAGUAAGUUUCUCUAGGCACAGGAUUUGCCCCAUGUAUUCCACUGCAGAGACAGAUGCAAAGAACCCAUACAACUUCUCUGCCAUCUCCUUUUCCUCCUUUUCCACACCUUUGAGUCCCUUGUUAUCCAAAGGUCCAAAUUCCUUUAGCCAGUUUUCUGGCUAAAUAACUAUUUCUGUAGUUAUUGUUAGCAAGGUAAAUUGUCCCAACACCUUGACUUUCCAGACAACUUCCAUCUGUCUAUGAGAUGGUUUCAUGUUUCUCCUUAAAGGAGAUAAACAAAUCUCUCCGACCGCUCUGUGUUUUAUGUUGUGUCCUCAAAUUCUUUCUUCGUAUCUCUUAACGUUGUUGGCAUUUCUUCUGCUAAGGUUUGAGUUCUUCUUCUCCCCUUUUGUUUGGACAAGACUUCCAUUUAUUGAAAUAAGUCUUUCCUCGGAUAGCUUUCUUGACCCAACUCAUUAAUCAUGCUGACAUCCUCUUGGCUGUGGUGGUACCUUCACUGCUUAGCUUCUGUUAUUGUGGUUGCAGGGUGGGACCCAAGCAUUUUGCAGAGGUUUGACCCUCCUGACUUUCUCUUUUAACUUCCUUUUUUAUUAGAGGUUUCCUCUUCUGAAGUCAAAUGGACUGUGUUGGACUUCCUUGGUAAUUGCCCAGCUAUAUUGAAUUUGAUAGCACUGUGGCCACUUGGUUCAAGAACACUUAUAUCUCCCUCCAGGUCCUCCUGGGCAGCACUUAAGAUUAAGUUCAAUGUUGCUGCCUCUCUUAUCAGUUCCUGAGGGGUAGGUUAGGCUGAGUGUGACUAUUUUAACAUGAUCUAAUGAACCUCAUCACUGUGAGAGGACUUGAAUCUUGGUCUUCCUGGUCUUCAUCCGGUACCCUGCUUGCUAGGUUGUGGUUUUUGGCACUGAUGGCUACUUAUGUUUCUGUUCAGAGAAACCUGUAGCUGUAGCAUGGGGCCUGUGAGAAAAGCUUUUCCCAUCCUGCAGCAUGGUUUGCCCCUCACUUUCAUGGGGCUGAUAGUCACUCCUUUCUAACAAAUAACACCAUUAUGAAAUAAGUGGCAUUCAUUCUUGGAAUAAUUGACCACAGUCAAAGGGGUAGCCAAUAGAUGAAUGUGUGCUCUAGUCUUGAGUGGCAGCCCUGACCUCUUAAUAUGUUAUAGAUUUUAGUUUGCCCUUGUAGUUUUGCUGAAAAGCCUAAAAGCCUUCCCUCUCCCCCUUCCAACCCAAGGCUAUAAUUUUAAGUGUGGAUGAGUAGAAGGACAGAUAUAAUUGGUUUGGUAAUAAGUUUGGGUUCUUUGGAUUAAUGUGAUAAAGAGGAAAUGAAUUAACUUUCAAGAGUGUUAUGUAGUGGGUUGGCAUGCCAGGCAAACUGGAGUGGGUGAGAAGGAAUUAGAUGACAACUGGGUUGUGUCAUACAGGAACCAGCAGCGCGAGUUUGGACUGCUUUUCAAUAACCUUUCCGCAAUGUGUGUUAACGUUAUAAUCUGGUAAAUACCUAGGAAGAAUGCUAAUAAUUUUGGAUUUCCCCUUUUAAUGCAUGCUUAUGUGCCAAGUGGCAAUGCUAAUAUACACUCAAGGUCGCUUUGCUCGAAUUGGAAAGGGGGGUGAGGUGUUCAUUUCUAGCUAAUUAGAGUAAAAUUGUCAGCAUGAUAUUGGGUAUGUGGGAGUUCGUAAAUAUACGACUGAUCUGGCACAUGUAGCUUAAUGUGUCCUCAGGAUAACUCAGCACACUAGUCAACUCAUAUGCUUUAAACACUCCCUGAUAUACAGGCAAGAUGAUGAAACAACACUAAAAGGUCCAAGCUGGAAAAUCUCGGGUGUAUGCUCUCUUGGGAUGUCUAAAAGCUAAUAGUUUAAUCUCUGCCUGUGAAACGGUGAAGGAGGGUUUCUUCCUCAUUGUCAGGAUGUUCAGGGGAAAGAGAAGUUGUCUGUUAAAAAGGAUUGUGGGAACUGUCUUUCUCACUUUGGACUUGGAAGUUGUUAGUUCUGAACAGUUCUAUCACUUCUGUAACAAAAAUUAAGAUUAUCAUUCCAGAGAAAGAGGUCUCUUGCUGUGGGUGGUAUAAUAUCUUUUUCUAAUGAUGGCAGGUGAAUAAUGAGUGUUGAGGACUAUAGAGGUUGCAGGCACCAUUCCUCCUUCCCUUGGAUCUGUGGAAUUCUGAAAUGCUGAAGUUUAAGCAUCCUCAUAACCAUCAGUAUCAAUCCAUGGAGAGCAAGAGUGUGCAGAAGUGGGAUAGUUCCUGUUUAGUAGUUUGAAAGGUUUGCACGUUAAUAGGUGCCCUGCUCCUCGUUCUUCAGUUUCAGGGUAUUAGGAGCGGAGGGGUCAGGAGAGCAUUUCAGCCUAGUCACUUUUCAGUUGUUUUCCUCUUCACUGUCUGCAGUAAUCAAGACGAUUAUCAACUGGUUCGGAAACUCGGCCGGGGGAAAUAUAGUGAAGUCUUUGAGGCUAUAAACAUCACCAACAACGAACGAGUGGUUGUGAAAAUUCUUAAGGUGAGUUUUUGUUGGAUGAAUAUGAAUGGUUUUCUGAGGUGGGAGCAAUGCUGUGGCAACAAAUCUUCCCUAACACUGUAAUGGGCUGUUCUUGAUCUAAGCCCCUUGCGUCCUUCAUAUCAUAUUGCAUAUUCAUAUCUGGAAUGGAGGUGCUGCAUUCUUAACUUUGUGUCUGGUAGUGGUUUUUGGUUAUCACUCUCCUCAUCUGUUUUUAAAAGGUAGCAUUGCCGUUGGGACCAUUUUGUGAAGGAACAGCAUGUUUCCAUGUGUUGAAAUAGCACUGCACACGGUGGACACAGGAAUUAACAUCUGGCAAGUUUUACUUGGCAGGGCACAUGUUAAGGCCUGUUCACUGUAAUGCAAAGGCUACCGGAGCAUCCUUUGGUUAACAUCUCAAUGAUGAGCAUUUGACUUAGCUGAAACUGUGGUGGAGGUGAUCAGGCAGGUGGAUUUUGGAAAGACUAACUUGGAUGUUUCUGUUAGUAGCAAUACACCAAAGCACACUUGGCCUUGCUUAAAAUGAGGAUGUGGGAUUUUCAUGUUUAGCAUUGCUCAUCAUUUGCCUUCUGCUAUAAAAGCGUUUUAUCAAAAGUGACCCAGUAAAUAUAUUGCCAAGGUUGACAUUACCUUGGGGGGGGGGCAAGUGAAUUCUCAUGACUGACAUGUUUAAAAUUCAUGUCCAUGUUAUCAAGGCUUAUCUAGUUAGGGGGUGUGUGGCAUGGGGUGGGGUUUUCCUAUGAAGAGGACAGUUUAGACUUUUAUGUAUUUAGAUUGCCUCUUAUUUAUUUAGACUUGUGGUCAUAACUAGCAUCUGUGAUCAUUGCUGUUGGCCCAGCAUCCUCUUUAAACUUCUCCCAGUUGUCCUUUCAACAGUUGAAAUGGUGAUCCUCAGUGUAAGGCUUUCCAGAAGUAUUUAUCACACAUCAGUGGUGACUUAUAGGCUACUUAUUGUGGCUUCAGUGGUUUGCAUUAGGUGAAUCUGGGUUGGCAUUGGCACAGUGCUACCAUACUGAAAAUAAAGAGAUGUGUGGAAAGAAGUCCCAGGAUGUGAUUUUUUUCAACUUGGUCUGAGCAGAUUGCUUCUUUGGGUGGUCAGUUUGUCUCUCUGUGGUGUUCCAAUAUUGUGUGUUCUAGUGCAGCAUUUGUGAGAAUUGUUUAAAGGGUAGAUGUAGGAGGUAGACACACAUUAAGUCUCUGCUCCCGCACCUCAAGACUGCCUUCGCUAACCUGGUGUCCUUCAGAUCUUUUGGACUACAACUUCCAUUUGCCCCAGCCAGCAUAGCUGACAGUACGUGUAUCACUUGAUGGACUAUGAAGUACUCCUGGUUGAAAAGCAUGGCUUUAGUAAUGGAAACAGGCAGUGCAAGGAAAUGCUUGCUAAGUAAUUCCUGUGAAACCCAUGACAAACUUCCUGUGGGCACAUCACCUCUUUCUUGUUGACAACUUUCUGCUGUCCUGUUCACCAGAGCCCAGAAUGUCCCCUAGAGACUGAAAGAGGGAGGGACUGUCAAAGUAUGCCCUGAAAGAAUCCUCCAAACUAAGAUUGCCCUGUGUGACUCUGGUACCAUCCAGUCUUGAUGUCAUCCCUUUCUCUUCUGCAUGAUCCUGUGUCCUGCAUCAAAAGCUUGUUGCUUCUUUCCCACUUGAUUUGACCUGAUAAUGGUAGGGAAAUGUUGGCUUCCCUAGAAAUUGCAAGAUUGGAAUGGAUUGGCACUACUGUCCAGUUUAAUGGAUGGGUAAGACUUAGUCUUAGUUCUUGUGGAAGACUUCGAAGCUAUCGGGUGACUGGCUGUAUGUUUAACAAGUGAGGUACAGCUUAUGCUAAACGUAGUACAUUAAGAGAAUGAACUGAGCAAGGAAGUGCCUGGUUGCAAAUGUCACCUUAGCCAUGAAGCAAACUCCUGCUCUCAGCCCCUCUCUCUGUUCUGUAAGUAGUCCAGUGUUAUCUCUGAUCUUAGGUAGUUGCAAGGAUUUUGGAUACCGACAUGAAGCAUUUUGAGCAAUUAAGAAAAAUACAAUGUAAAGGCAACUCGAGGAUCUUAAUGUUUCCUAACUUUUUUAAGUUUUGAGAUGCUGUUAAUUGUUAAACAAGGCAGUACUGUAGUAUUGAAGAGGUGGUCUCAGCAGAAAACUACUCCAAAAGAGACCCUAGAUGCAAAUAUACUUGCUUAUCUUCAGGUUGUGCAUCCACCCCUCUCCUGAAAAUUGGUGGUUGAUGGUGACAAAAUACCAAUAAGUGUCGUUACUUGUUUUUGUCUUUUUUGUAUGAAACCUCUGGAUUUGAAUUUGAAGGAGAGGGAAACACUGCAUGCUAGCCCUGGUGUUGUCACCUUCUGGAGCCCUAAAUUCCUGUUUGCAGGGGCCCAAAACUCCUUAUACUUGUUAAUCCCUGAGCCUGCUCAUUGCUUUUCUUCUUGGGCACAGCAAAUGCAUACUGUUGUGCACCUAACUGGCCUCUAUUUUCAUCCUGCUCAGGAGGCUUAUAGGGUUUCCUGGAUCCCCAGGAUUUGCUGGUAUGCUUCUUUCAGGGAAGAGUUGCAGACUUUGGUUGCAUGAUGAUGAUAACGUUUAUUAGUUAACUUUGCAGGCAUUGAUCAUAAGUGUACAAUGUAACUGGUGUCUACAAACAGGAAUGGUAUUUCAACUUCUCUCAGCCCUUUUAAGCCACUCCUGCCACCAGCUCAAAACUGCUGCCACCUGCUUGACCCUAGUUUUCUUGCAGAAACCUCCUCUAUCCACCGUGAUUGCUAAACGUUCAGAGGCAAUGUAGCAAGUGCUAUCAGCAGACGGGAGGGUGGUUCUCUAUAGUGUCCCAUACAAGACUGGAAAACUGAUACUAAAAAAUAACAUGUAUGUAGCACAGCUUUGCUUUUAAUCACUGGCCUUGUAAGCCAUAGGGUGCAUGGAAUUGGGUCCAGGCAAGUGAGCAGGCUUCUGGAAGAAAAAGACCCCUUCUCCAGUCCUAGGAAAGGUUUGCAGAUCUUACUGACCCUCCUAUGCCAGCCCCCAGCAGGCAAGAAAAUUGGUUGGCUUAUUUACCAGGCUGAUAAUAGUAAGCAUAUCAAAAAAGUGGUGACUUCAAGAAUUUCAGUUACUUGCCUAUUUUUUUUCCCCUUCCAGUGGCUAGCAGGAUAAGAAAUCAUACUAAAUGUAUACACUUCAAUAUACUUGCUUAAUUUUCCAGGUUCAUAAUAAAAUAAGAAUUUUGAUUUUACAUAAUUAAUAUUAUAAGUACAGAAUAUACAGCUUUGGCUGUCAGCAGACUCCAAAGGAGCUGAUAGUCAACCAUCUUUUCUCUUACCUGCAGCACAAAAAGUUCUCUAGACAUAAGCAGGAAGUAAUUUUGCACCGAUAUGGGAAUAUUGAUGAGAUAUGGUCAGGUUUUGGGUGUGGGUGCUUUCUAAUCUAAACUGGCCACUUGGUGCUCCUCCUUACUGCUGCCUCACUUUUUUAACCUUUGAGGAGGGGUGUUUACCCCACCCCACGGUUCUGUGGUGUGGCUGUCUGCCAGUACACAUUAGGAGGGAUAAAGCUGUGCUAGCAGCUGAGGUUCUGAAGAGCUUCUCACCAUUUUAAUUUAAAUUAUUUCCCGAGUUGACAGCAAGGUGAACCAAUAAGACAGCACAUUUUGAAGUUCCUGGACCAAUGAGGACAGAGGAGCAAUGACCUACUUUGGUGCUUUAAUUGGUCUAGCAACCCACCCAAGUGGUGUCUCAUUGGCUCACUGCACUGCCAUUCUUGUUCUAUGAGAAAUCCACUAAAUGAAAUGGUAGGCAGCUCAUAGGACCCUCAACUGCUACUGCAGCACUGUAUUCCUAGCAUUCACUGCUGCUCCCCACCACUUGCUCCUGGCUUGCCACUAUGGGCUAUACUUUGAGCUCUGGGCCUUUCCCAAUCUGAAACAGACAUUUCUGUACUAACCACUUCCCCAUGAGGUGUAUUCAUCAUGGGCUGAAACUCUGCCCCAUCCACUCAGUCCCUCAUCUUCCCCACAUUCGGCACGGAAGGCUUUUGCUUAUACUGUCAAAGACUCCCCAGCCACAUGGCGGGUUCUGCUUUCAUUUAAGCAGAAAUUAACAAAAGCCCCCUGCAGACCUUCUAUACUUGGGGGGGGGGGGAGAUGGGAUGGAGCAGUUUUGGUGAUAUGCACCAGGGCAUGAGGGGAGGUGCUUGCAGGCACACCCCUGCCUCCCAUCCAAGGAUGUACAUUUGUGUGUUCAGGUAAAAAUUUAACGUUGAAAGAAAUCUCACUUCUAUUCUCUCUUUAUGUAUUUAAGCCAGUGAAGAAAAAGAAGAUAAAACGGGAAGUUAAGAUUCUGGAGAACCUGCGAGGUGGAACAAACAUCAUUAAACUGAUCGACACUGUCAAGGAUCCAGUGGUAGGUCCUAGUAUGUGUCAGGAGCACUGGAAUAAUUGGGGUUAUCUUCAGAAGUGGGUCAUACAGGAAGCUUAGCUCCUCACACAGGUUUUACAGUUCAAGUGUGUGUUUACUGCAGGUGGAACAGGUCUUAUGUUGGGAUUUUUAUUGUUUAGGCAUCUGCAUAGUUUAAAAACCACGUUAGUUUCUGUUUUUAACAAUAAGCUCUUUAAAUGACCCUUUGAGUUCUUUGGGAUAGAUAAGGGAGGAUUUAUUUCUGUGUCUUGGGGUCAGAGAGAGCAUUAUCCAGAAGAAUCUUGGAAUAAUCAAGAAAGCAGGUUACAGGAAAGGUGUGGUUAUAUCAUACAUAUUCUCUCUUGCAGUCAAAGACUCCAGCUCUAGUGUUUGAAUACAUCAAUAAUACAGAUUUCAAGGUGAGUUUUUCUUCCUUUCUAUACAUAAUAGAUUUUCCAGAAAGCCUUAGGAGAGGAAAUGUUGAAUCUAUUGAAACACACAAAAUUUAUUCUUGCGGAAGAAUGAAUUGUGCAGUCUUAUGGGCACUUUGUAAGAAACUAACUGCAAUCAGCAAGCAGUCUUUCUGUGUGGUUUUUGUGGUCCAUGUUCAAAGGGAGUAGUGCAAUAGAAGUUUACUGCAUUUCCUUGAUACUCUGUCUCAAUAUAGCAACUGUUGCCCUGCAGCAUGUAAUUCCAUGCUAAUCUCCCUGCUAUGAUACUCUGUUUACUGUAGUCUUGUUGAUGAGGAAAGUGGGGCCUGAUUUUUACAGUGGAAAAAAGCUGGAUAUGAGAGUAGAGUUGGGAGGAAAUGUCAAGAUUUGUUGAGCAUUAGGGGAAAAUUUGAGACUAGGUUCUACAAAAGUGACAGUCUCUACUUGAAUCACAAUGGAACCAGGUUACUGGCAUUAAAAAUCACAAAGAUUAUGCAAUUUUAAAGCUAUGUUUUUUGGUGUUGGUUUUUUUUUUUUUUUUUUUUUAAGGAAAGCAGUCAGUAAAUUGGAAGCGUUUGGUUUGCCUCAUCUAUGGGUGAUAGCCUAAAAAUCUAGGUCUCAAAAUGUGAUGAUAGAAUUUGACAGCGAACUUGUAGAAACAUGGCAGGAGUUUAAAGGGACCAAAGAAUCAAAGGAAAAGUUACACACAAAAUUGGACUUUUGGAGGAGAGUUGGAAUCUGAAGCAGCAAAUGCCAACAUGAGCCAUAGUGAGCGUUUCAGAAACUCAAUGAAACUGAGAAUCUGUGGAGGAUGUAUUUCAUUUCAUUUCAUUUUUAUACCACUUUAUAUUUUUAAUAAAAAGUUUUCAAAACAGUUUACAACCCAGAUUAAAACAUCAAAUAAAACAAUACAGAAAAAAAAAUUACAGAAAGAAGUUAAUCAGUAAGUAUACAUUCAAAGCAGCAUAAUUAAGAGGACUCUAAAAUAUUAUCUUAAAAAUUCAAAAUAAAGCAUUACAAAGAAGGUCAACUAUAGAAUGCUUCUCUGAGGUGGAGACCUGGAGUUCCUUGUCUAACUGGCAGUGUGCUGAUGUGGCUGAGCUGUGCUGAUCCCAAUUCUUAGUCCAGACCUAGGUGUAGCUAAGAAAUAUUCGUGUGCUAAGUGUGCAAGGUGAAGGUUCAGAAUCUUCUUAUGUCAUCAUAGUGCCCUCUAGAUGUUGAGGAGUCCAACUCCUGUCAGCCCCAGAAGCCAGUGUUUUUCAUUUCACUUUUAAUUUGUACACUGACUUUCUAUAUUGCUAUGCACAAGAUGAUUUACAUGCUGAAGAAACAACAAAAUAUAUAGACAAAAUCACAUAUCUUUUAACAAAAAAGUCAUAAUAAAAUGUAUGACUUUAAAAUAAACAACUUAUACAAAAUAAGUUAAUAUUCUGUAAUCCAUUAGCAUAUAAUAGUGCACAAUAAAAUUAACCAUCAAAAUAUCAGCAAACAAUAAUUAAAGAAAUUCACUAUCAACAAUAAAUCAUCACUAAAAUAUGAUAAAAAUAACAGCAAGUUGCAAUGCAUAAAAUAUAACACACACAAAAACAAUGUAAAAGGAUCAAAUUGAGCAACAAAGCCACAUAACUUACAAAAAAUAAUAAUUCACCUCACCACCAAAAAACCCCACCUCUUCUCCCUUCCCAGCCAUGGUCUCGGAGAGGCUGUUGCUCAGUUGGACUUGAUUGAAGGGGGGGGGAGAGGCAAGGCUCUUUUGCCCUUCUUCAUACUUUCUCCCCAAAGAAGCUGGUAAAGAAACUGGUAGCAUGCUGAGUUGAUCCAUGGGGUGGGGCAUUUGCCUGCAGGCUGAACCCUGCCCAUCAGCUGCCAUCACCCAGUGACAUCAGCUUGUUGGACAAGUGGGUGUGGUUUGGGGGAAAUGGAGAGGUGGGAUGAAAUAGGCCCAGGGGGGCAGAGAUUCCCUUUCCUUGCUCUAAUGCUUGCCAGGAUCCUUUAAUGCUUCUCUGAGGUUUGUCUGUCUUCUGCUUCAGAGAUCUUGCAGCUCUGUCUCUUGACCUGCCCUUGAGUGUAAAAGAGGUUCUACAGAGUGUGGAACACAGUGAGGCCACUGCAGGGUGGGGGUGGAGGUGUAAGAAUGACAGGAAAAGCACAACACUGAUUUUUGCAAUUUUCUGUUUUCAAAUUGAUUUCAGCAACUGUAUCAGAUCCUGACAGACUUUGAUAUUCGGUUUUAUAUGUAUGAAUUGCUCAAGGUGAGUAUUCAUGGGAAAUUUGAAAGGUCACCCUUGGUUUGAAUUUUGUUAAGUGGGGUUGUGUAUAAUUAAUACCUGCAGGAUUCUUUUAUUAUUUGGGAAAGGGAAGAACAGCACUGCUCCCAUACUUCAACACUUUUUUGUGGGCAACAUUAUGUCUUGGUCACAGCUCCAGAAUACCUCCAAAGUCCUCUGGGACUUCUUGGGCCCUGAUUACCUCUUGGAAUAAUUUAAAGGUGUGAUGUGUCUCUGUGGAUAUGCAUAAAAUUCAUUCCCAUCCCUAAACCCUUCUCUGUAGAGAAGGAUAGACAAGUCAGAGGAAGUUAAGAAAUCAGUCAGUCACACAGCAAGAGACAACCUUGGAAAACAGAGCAUACAUCUGGCUCUUAGUUAUUCUUCAGAGGUCCUCAGGAGUCAAUGGAUUUUGCUUUCUGACUUUUUAGUCCCUGUGCACUGAAAAUGACUCCCAAGUUCAUCUCUACUAGUUUCUGCUGCCGCCUUUAUCUUCUACCAUCAUAUCAUUUCUUUAACGGCUCUCAAAUGUAAAGCAGUGUCUAAAUAAAUUUUGCUGUUUCAAAGUGUUAGAACAACUUGCAGCUUGGUUGAAUUAGAUUGAAAUGGCCCCUUAUAAUUUCUGGAGUUCAAAGGCUUUAUUCAUGCAGGAGCAGAUUUAUCUUUGUAGGAUUUAUUUGCAGAAGAGAUUAAAGAGAGAAAACAGAAGAUAUUGUCUCAAUAAGUUGGGAGAGAAAGAAACGAAAUGAUAGAGUUGAUUUGAGCAGAAAGGCUACAAGCAAGUGCUGGCUAGAUUGCUAGAAAAACAGUACCCUCAUGUGGUUUAAAAUAACACAUGCAUUAACCAGAAGCUCAGAAGAAGGAAAUGUCUUUACUUGUUUCCAACAUGAAGGACAGACAAAUUUUUCUUGUAAAGCCACAGGUGCUGGUGACAUGCUGGAAACAGGCACCACCUUUGCCCUGGCCUUGACAUAUUUUUGAACCCAACUGGGAUGAGCAGCAGAGGGCAAAGCAGCUGCCACCAAAAGUGCAGUAGCCUGGAGAGAAAGAGUGAGUCCUGGGCCAUCUUGUUCUUGCUGUGCAACUAGGCAGUACUGCAGCUUUUAACCUCAAAAGGGGUUUCUAACUAGAGACCCACAUCACGGCCCCAUGUGAAAACAUGAAUAUCCUUUUUUCAAAGCCUUGGCAGGCUUGGCUAUCUCAUUGUUAAGAUUCCAGGAGGAAAGGUUGCUUGACCUAUUUGAUGGGCUUGGUUCCUUCCAAGAUCUGUGCUUAGAUUUAGGCUUUUGGGAGGACUAACAAAACUCUUGGAUAACUACUUCUACAUGGCAGUGUGGCAUCCUUGCUGGGGAGAGAAACUGGCACAUAGCACAGAUAUAUUCAGCUGCUAUAAUUUCAUCAGUGGAAAGGUUUAAUUUUCCUUGUGUGUCUUUUUUAAUGUUUUAAUUUAGGUUUGGCAUAAGUAACGAGUACAUUCAGUAUCUCUAUUUUCAAAUCGUAAAGUCUUUCAUACAGGUGAAUUACAAUUUGAGACAUUUUUGUUGUUAAUUUUCCUUGUGUUGGGUGUUAAUGUCUACAUGUCUCUGGCAGGCCUUGGAUUACUGUCACAGCAUGGGAAUCAUGCAUAGAGAUGUCAAACCUCAUAACGUCAUGAUAGACCACCAACAGAAAAAGGUAAAGACAUGAGAAGAAUGACCCUUGUGCUUUGCUAUGGCUGAGUUCUUGAUGCUGAGUUGCGUCUCUGCCCUGUUCCCCAGUCUGGUGUCUUUUAGAGAGGCCUCCAUCACCAGAUGCUUCAAAGAUCUAUCAGAAUUCAUGGUUUAAGCUGCUGCUGGGGGUGACCCAAUUUCUUUACUGAUUACCUCCCCAGUUUUGCCUAUGUCUUGAUUCUUAGCCAUCCCCUCUUUUUAAAAUGUGGGUGUAAGUAAGAUUUUUUACUAUAUAUUCUAAAGGAAUAUUAUCACUGGCUUUGGCUUCUGUUUUAGCUUUUUUUGUUCAUUAGUCAAAGCGGCUUACAUAAUAAAAUGAUUGCUUAUAAAAUCACAAGCUAAAAAAAGUAAAUACAGCAACAGUAUAACAACUGUUUUUAUUUAAGAGCAACAGACAAAAGCAAAUUCAUAAAAGCAGUACAUCAGAUGUUAAAAGAUAGCUGGAAUGAAAAAAUUCACGAGCCAUUUAAAAAUAGACAGCAGGAACGUGGCAGAUCUCCAGUGGGAGGCUGUUACAUAAUCUAGGUGCAACUACUGGGAAAACCCGUCUCUUGUACCCACCUGCCUAGCUACACAGAGCUGUGUAGGGAUGGAACACAGAGAAGGGUUUCUGAUGCCAAUCUUAAAGGCCAGGUGAAUGCAUAUGAAAGUAGGUGGUUUCUGAGAUAAUCUCCUAAGCCUUUUGGGAGCUCAGUUUGACUAGGUGGCUGAAGGGGAAUAAGGAGAAGCCCUUCUCUAUGUAAAAUGGCAGCUACAGCUAGAGUGCUGUUAGUAAUGCACCACAUCAGAAGGCUAUAAAAAUGAUGGGUCCAAGAGAGCAAAGCUGCCCCUUUUUCUCUUCAGCCUCCAUAACCAACCGCUGAUUUUCACAUACACUCAGUGAACAGCCAGGCUUUCUUUGGGCCCCUGCAUUUCCUCUCCAGGCCUUCCUGACUAUUUCCUCCUUCACUCUCUUGGUCUCCUCUGAUGCUGCAUGUAAACCAGGCAGCCUUGGAUUCCUCCAGCCCGCCCGCUACACAAAUAUCUAACACAGUCAACUUUUGCACUCCCCACUUUGCUCUCUGAGAGUGGGAAAUGGAUGUAGAAAACACCUUUGUUUGGCACCUUCUGUUCAUCAGAUAAUCUUGACAGCAAUGCCCCUGCACCUUUGCAGGGUUCGUGAGCAUGAGGCAGGAAGCCCGGCUUGUGCUUGGGAGCACCAGUUGUAUCCUCUGCAAGAGGUUCUUGCCCUUGCAGCUGUCCUUGUGCAUUAAUGUUGACUGGGGCCUCCUUCCGGCUUAGCUGUGCUCUCCCACAGGUGCAUGCAGCUGGUCCCUGUUUUCUGGCAGUCAGUUCACUUUCCUUUUAGGAGUCUGGUGACUUAUGAUUAGUAAAUGAGUCAUCCAGUAAUACACAAUCUGACCAGUACAGCAGAGCUAAUUUUACAGAGUCCAGCAGAUGAUAGGAGCUGAGCACCAUCCCGGCUAGCAGCUGUGCAAGCGCCAUUUGACCAAAGUGUUGAGCAGGCUCCCUGGCUGACUGACUGCCUUGUAUGUUCAUAGUUGCGGCUCAUAGACUGGGGCUUGGCAGAAUUCUACCAUCCAGCUCAGGAAUACAACGUCCGUGUGGCCUCGAGGUACUUCAAAGGGCCAGAGCUCCUCGUGGACUACCAAGUAAGAUUUUGUUCCUUGGUCUGAAGUGCUGGUAACUACCAGUGCUACUAUCCCCUUCACCUCCCCAGGGAGGGGUCAGCAAAGAUCAGUGUCUGCCAGCAAACCAGUUAAGGGUGACUCCUGGUAAGAAAUGAAGGGCAACGUGGAGAGGAAUCCUCAGUGGCUGCAUCCAUGCUAGAACUCAAUGGGCUCUUCGAAUUUGAGCCUGGGAAUGUGAAAAAGACCCAUUGUUCCUUCCUCUUUCUUGUUAAUAUGCCUCAGCAUAAGCAAUAAGAUGGGAUACAGGCUUGGAGGCCUAAUUCCUGCUUUUGACCUCACCCAUGUAUUUCCUGAUAUGAUUUGUGUUCUCAGUUAGGAUUAUCUUUUCACCUAGUUCAUUCCUAAGUGACACAGGAGGCCAGCGUGCUUGAAAGGAGGUGACAGAAUCAUGGCAGAUGCUCUCCCCUUCUCACAACUAGGCAUUGGGGAUGAAUGACUGCCAAAGGUACCUUCAGGGCCAAUUCUGUAGGACUCUGUGGGCAGGAAGCAAAAAGAGUCAUUGCAGUCAGGCUUGAUAGUCAGUGGGGGGAAAUGUUAUAGGGCAGAGAGAUUCGUUUAAGCAGAUUCUUACUUAGAAAAGAAGUGCUUUGUGUCUCUUCAGCCUCAUUAAUGGGCAGCCCAUGCACAUGGAGGGAGGAUUGCUCUGCAGAUAGAGCUUCCUUCCUGAACUUCAAAACAGGAGGAUAGAUAAUUGAUUACAGGAUAGAAGUAAGAAAGAGAAAACCACAAGGUAAAAAAUUAGUUGGAGGUAUGUGGCACUGGAACAGAACCAGUAAUAGGAAAUGACCAGACUGGGCCUUUCUUGAGUGCUGACAAUAUACCUUUGAUCAAGUGAAUCUGAACAUUUCUUGGGAACAGAUGGUGUUAACUACUUUAGACAGGACCAGUUCUCUGCAGUCCGGAAAUAAAAGUUAGGGUACUUUUAAAGCAGUUGUCUUUCAGAUAUUGGAACCAUACUCUUGUAUAAUGUUCAAGGCUAAUAUAUAGUUUUUAAGUGACUCGGUUUUCAAAAUCCAGGUUGCAGUUGCACUUCUAGAGGUAGACGUGUCUGCAGAAACCUGAAUACUCAACCUGCCCCAAUUCAUUUCUUUUUCUGCUCUUUUCCUCUUGUCUCCUCCCUCCCCCACCCCAGAUGUACGACUAUAGCUUAGACAUGUGGAGCUUAGGCUGUAUGCUGGCCAGCAUGAUCUUCCGAAAAGAACCUUUCUUCCAUGGUCAAGACAACUAUGACCAGGUGAGAAAUUAUGGCAUAGAACAACUUGCAAAAGGAAGCUAGUUGUUGAACAUGCCCCUCUCUCUUUCCACAGCUAUCAUGGCAUGGAUCAGGAUAUCUAGUCUUUGGUGGCAAAAGGAUGUCCCUGUUUGUAAGAUGUUCUUAAGGUUUCUCAAAUUAGAAGUGCUUAUUUUGAAAGCUUAUGCUAAACCUUGCAUUUCUACCUUGAGGCUGGCUGCACCAUUGGGAGGCCAAAGCACUAAGUUUAUAGGGUGGCUGGGGGGGUGUGCUUCUUCACUUGUGGAUGCCUGGUUGCAGUGUUUACCUUUUCCCACUGCACAGGUGGCCAGGGAGACACCUGCAGCCAGUCUUCACUGUCAUGUAGGACCUGACUAUUGGCAGCUGUCCCAGAGUGGAUGCAACAAAAUGUGUGCAGAAGUCCUACUGUAGGGUCACUCUUGUUUGGGCAAUUAAUAGAAUCCCAAGAGUUGCAUCUUCAAGCUUCAUGGCUGUAAACUACCCUUGUGAUUAUUCAAAUAGGAAAGGGUCAAAGGAGACCUCUCUUGCUUGUUUCUUCUUCAUUUGGUAGAACUCCACUGUGGUCCCUUUUUUGCUGGCACUAAAGUAUGAUAAGACUAGGAGGAAAGUCAUUGGCAUUGGGAUAUGAUUCUGUAGCUAACCUGUGCCCAUGUGGAGGAUUCUUAUUAGUACAGCCAGAGCUGUGCUAGUUUUCUUCUGCCCCUGUACAAGGGACACGCACAGUUCUGAAGCAGAGGGCAAGGAGUUCCCUUGAGCUGACAUUGGGCCUCUGCUAGCUUCCUGUGCUAUAGGUUUGGAGUUUGCACCAAGGCCUGUUCUCUAGUGUUUCAGUGUGUGUUACCAAUUGUAAAGACACUAAUAUUUUGAGAAUGCCAAUAACCAUGUCAGAAUAAACUUUAAAUAUAAAAAUAGUUUCCAUCAACGAGGCUGAGUUCAAGAGGAGAAAAAUGCAAAUACAAUGUGGAAAUACAUGAGUGUAAUAACUAGAAAUACGAAACAUCUUAACCAGAACUACUCUACGUUGAUCAGCAUUCAGCAAAUAAGAAUUCACAUUUACCCUUUGAGCUGUCAAAAAUAAAAUACCUCUAUCCAGCCACAUAUGUAUGGCACAAGCUCAUAUAAUUUUAUUCAAAUCAUUCAAGUAAAAAGGUGUUCAAGGCCCAUUCAGUGUAUUUUAACCUGGGGAAUCUGACUCUUGCCUUAAUUAUUCUUAUAGGUCCUAUAUGUUAUCGUGCUUUGGCCUUUUGACAUGCAACAUUUGUGGAAAUAAACUCCACAGAUUUUGCAUAUAAAAUGCAAAACCACAGUAGCUGCUCAAAAUAAGCUGGAACUUGUUUGAGAACCAUCUCACUGCGAUCUUCAGUACCCUCAAGUAACUUGUCUGAAAGGCUUUUUUUAAAGUUCCAGCUUUUACAUCUAAUGUCCUCUUGUGCUUAAACAACAUUGUGCCCUUGACAUUGCAGGACUCAAGUGGACGUAGACUUGGUCCUCCUCCUGGCAUAGCUCAAACACCCCUUCCAUCCACAACUGUUAAAGCAGUCUUCUGUUGCUAGCCAAGGCUGAAAGGAGUUGUAGCCCAAAAUGUCUGGAGGGCACCAGGUUGCCGUAGCCCGGCUAAAAGUAUUGUCAUACAAGUGGGUGGCUUUGAAAGGAUGGCAGCUGACAUGGGACAUAGAAAACUACCUUUUCUUGGUCUGUCUAGCCCAAGUCUUGUCUGCUCUGACUAGCAUUAGCUUUUCAGGACAAUUCUAUGAGUCUUAAGUCUUUGCCUGGCCUGUUGCCUGAGAUCCUUUUCAGUGGUCAUGGCAGGGACAGAAACUGGGGCCUUGUCCAUUCCAAGCAUGUGCUGAGCUGCAGCCCGUCCACAUUCCUCCUUUGGGUGGAAAUAGCUUAUUUUAACUAGCAAGACGACUUUGGUGAUAUGUCUGAGACAGAGAGAGAAGAUACAAAAUGGAGACACUCCUCCUGCAUGCCAAAGUCGUGUACCGUCUCAAGCCUGCUUGCACAGCUGGUUCAUUCAGCCACGAGGUGCCCCUUGCCUCUGCCCGGCUCCUACCCAUCACCCUUGCAUUGGCAGCUCUUGAGCUAGCUUUGUCCCGGUGGAGCUGCAGAGCGGGUGUAGUUUUGCUUGCUCUCCUCUUUCCAGUUCAACACAUCUAUUCUUUCAUUUCAGUUGGUUCGCAUUGCAAAGGUUCUGGGUACAGAUGAAUUAUAUGGUUAUCUGAAGAAGUACCACAUAGAACUGGACCCCCACUUCAAUGAUAUCUUGGGACAGUAAGUUUACUGUGGCAUGUUUGUUUCCUGGUGGUGCCCAGGGUGGGAACACUAAGCAUGAUGUAUAGGGCCUUUUCUUCUUCCCUACUGGAAAUGGAUUUUUCAACCCAUGGGAUUUAUUGUAUUUUGGUAACUUGUUUGUUUUUUUUUAAAAAGAAAGGGGGGGAACCCUCACAAAGCAGAUUUAAAACGCACCCUAUAGGUACAUUUACUUGAUUAGGUUGCUGAUAAUGGGAAGUGAAAGCCAUUGAGGGGCCAAAAUGUCCCUGUGUCAAAUAUAUGAAAUGCAGUGCAGCUUCUUUCUGAGUUCCUCCACUGGAUCUCUUCAUUUGGAAAUCUUCAGGCUUUUCUACUUUGCUUACAGGCAUUCACGGAAACGUUGGGAGAACUUUAUCCAUAGUGAAAACAGACACCUGGUCAGUCCCGAAGUCUUGGAUCUUCUGGACAAACUCCUACGAUAUGACCAUCAACAGAGGUUGACAGCCAAAGAAGCUAUGGAGCACCCCUAUUUCUGUGAGUAUUUUGCUGGAGCAGGAGAACUGUUCAGUUAGGCACUUGUUUAUAUAAAAGCUGUUCGCCAUUGCAAAAAUGUUCGAUUACAUGAGCAAGGGGGAAUAAUUCUAGAAAACCUUGCAUAUAAUAUUCUGCAGAAGUAGGAGAAUUUUCUUGGAAUUUAAGGAGGUAACCUCAAUUUUGGAAAAUAGAAAAUAUUUUAAAAGGACUCAGUGUAACUGCAUUCUGAAAUGUUUGUAUCUCUCAAAAUGAAAAAGUUCUGGGAUUUCAAGUCAUGCUGGGCCCUGGUAACUGCUCCCCCUUUUCUCCUACAGAUCCAGUUGUGAAGGAGCAGGCCCAGCCCAGCUCCGACAGCCCUGUGCUCUCCAGUGGCCUCACAGCAGCACGAUGAAGUUUGGGGGAACGACGGGUAAUUCCAGAGGUUUACAAAUACAAACACACCCUUCAAGUCACCUAGGGAAGGGAUGAACCAAACCCCUGUAUGCUCUGCAGCAAGCCUCGUCUUGAAGGGGGUUAGGGCUUAGCCUCCCUCUCUCUCCAGCACUUACGGCUACCCAAACUUUCUCUCUGUGUUACUGAUCCAAACAGUUGUGCCAGAUUUACUUGGAUAAGCGGCUGUACCCCCACGGUCUGCACGACUGGCUCUGGGUUGAUUCUGCAGUUUCGUACUCUACCUUUCCCAGCCUACCAUUUUCUCUGUUCUUCCGUUGGGCAACAUUUCAAUUUCUCCCCUCCCACACACACUGGAAUGUAGCAUAUGCACCCCAUAGAGGCAAGCUCCUGUGGGGUCAGAUUCUACUUAAGUCAUAAGCAAAUUAAAGCCUGUAAGUGGUGGGUUUCACCUCUGCUCUCUCCAGGUCUCACCCUGGCCCUCAUUUUCCUGUUUUUAAACCAGCAAGUCUUGGAAAUGGUUUUGAGUCGGUCAAAAGUACAUUCAAAGCAGGUAGCCAUUGGGGAGAAUCCUACUUCCUCCCCCUUCCAUUCCCUCUGGGGAAGUGCCUGCCUUAGUUGGAGGAAAGGUCAUUCUUUGAGACAGAAGGAGAGCUUCCUCUGGCGAGGCAUGUUAUUAUCGCUAGAAAAGCCAACCUGGUCAUUCCCAUCACUGUGCAAAAUUCAGAAUUGUGUUGAUUACAGCUGCUUUGACUAUGUGAAAGAGGCAAAGAGGAGGUGUUUGGGCAAGGAGACCAGUGGGGAAUUUUGGAAGCCAGACACGGAGGGGCUGUUCAGAAUUGGUGUGCAACAAUCUGCCAAGGGUUCAGAUCCCUAUAAGCAUUUUUACAUGCCCAGCCCAGUGUUGGAAUUGUUGGGGUAGAAUCCUCUGCUUUGGGGGAAUGGUGUGUAAGAUGCUCCUUUUGUUUUUCCAUUGGGUCUCGUCAUGAGCCCCAUAGUUCAACCCCACCUUUUGGGGGGAUUAUAUUGUGUGAUUCUGGUGACUUCAUAUACCUAAAUCCACAAAAAAAAAAAAAAUUGUCGCCAUGCCGAAAUGCAGAUUUUUUUUCUUUCUGUUACAUUGUCAAAUAUUUAAUUUUAAGUAAGAAGGUUAGAUUGUUUCUAUUUGAAGCAUCUGUUUACAUUCCACAUCCCCAUAACGACAUGUUAGCAUUGAUAUCAGGUCAGAUCCAUUUGUACAAUUCACUGGAACCAAUAAAUCUCUCUGUGUACAAACUUGUGUUGUCCUCCGUCUAGUCUCUGGGAAUUCCUUGGAAGGAAAGAUCUGAUUUGGGGGUUGAGGUACAAUUUUGGGGGCAUAGGAGGAAAGCCCUCUUGUUAAUCUCUACCCUUAAAGCUUGGUAGCUUGAGUAGAACCUUGGAUGUGGAAGACCUGUGUUCAGGUCCCAACUCACUGGCUGGCUUUGAGUGCAGGGUUUGCUCUCUGCUUUGCAUCCCAGUUUUGAUGUCCCUCUUGGACCUUUCAUUUCUGAUCACUUUGUUGACCACUUUCAGAGGACGUUAAUGCCGAGCAGAAUCUUAAAAUGAUGGACUCUUCCUUGUGACCUCUAAUCACUCUUCCCCUAACCAUUGCUCACUUCUGUUUCACCCAUACAUCUUUUCUCACCUCGCUGUCCUUUCAGGAAAAAAUAAAGUUUUGUUGCAAUUCUGCAAUUAGUAUUUUUUUAGAACAUUGAAUAGCGAGCUCUGGCUAAAUAUCAAGAAGUAAGUGCAUGGAUUAAUAUAUUUUUUUUUAAUAUUCAGAACAGAGCACUCUUUACUUCAAUGCAAAGUGUUUAAGAAAGCAGGUCAGCAUCUCCACCUUCUAUUAUCUUAAUUUGAAUUUGUCUACGUGGUUUUCAUGGCCCCCAAUUUACUAUUGUUUUACUUUUAAGAAAAGCCAUUGUUCAAAAUGCACACAAGAUGUAAGACAUUCUUGCAUAAUUAAAUGUUAGAUUGAAUGUAGAAUUCGGGGGUGGGGAGGCAUACUGCCGAUCCUUGUAGCUAUGUUUAGCUGAGUUCUGUCAAAGUACGAUCAAAACUUACUGAAAGAUAGAAUCAUUUUUAUUGAAGUACCUGAUGCGUCUUCUCAGUUCUUUGAUCCAAAGGCUUCAAACAUGAAUACAAAAUUUCCUCUGCCUUUGACAAAUGGGGGUAAGGUUCCACCCCACUGCCCCUUGGAGACUGUGAUGGAGUCUUUUUGCACAAUGUGGUGGUACUAUAGCAGUAGUAGUAGGAGUAGUAAUAAUAAUGAUGAUGAUGAUGAUGAUGUAGCACUUUCAUACAUACGUGAAGCUUUUUAAACAUUAACUUGUAACCCUAAACAACAACUUUGUAUGGUAGGUUAUUAUUAUUAUUAUUAUUAUUAUUAUUAUUAUCCUCAUAUUGCAGGGUUGAGGCUGAGGAAGGGUGGCCUCCCUAAGGCCACUGUUGGAGGUGAGAUUUGAAUUGGGGUUGCCUGAUUUUUGUAGCAGAAUCUAUUAGCUGCUUGGCGGCCUCCCGGACACUGGCAUGGGAACUGACAAACCAGGUCUGUGGCAUUUCUUAAUGUUGUGAGUUCAGGCAUGCAUAUCCCAGGAGUGGUGUGGCCACGAGGACCUUUGCUUCCGAUUAUUGAGCUUUGUGUGCAUGCUUGUUACUCCUCCUGCGGCAGCCAGCCAUUUUUGGACAAGCGUGCCACUUGAGUGCUCUUAUGGUAUGUACUUCCCUUAGUCUGCUGAGCCAGGGAACAAGAAUAAGCAUAAGUAGAACUCUGCUGGAUAAGGUCAGUGGCCCAUCUAGGCCAGCAUCCUGUUCUCACAGUGGUCAACCAGAUGCCUGUGGGAAGCCUGCAAGCAGGGAAUGAGUACAACAGUACUCUUCCCUCCUGCAGUUUCUAGCAACUGGCAUUCUGCAACCAGUUGCAUAACAUAGGAAUGUAGGAAACUACCUUAUACAGAACAGCUGUCCAUCUUGCUUGGUGUUGUCUAUGCUAAGUGGAGGCAGAUCCAUUAGGGUGACUGGGCACCACUUUAGCAACCUCAGUCUGCCGUGGUCAUUGGCUCUGGCUCCACUUAUUAUUGCUGGUCUCCCUGCCUUUCACCCUAAGCGUCCCAAUGAGCAUCAGCCACCACAGUGGCUCUCCAGGGUUUCACAUAUGAAGUCUUCCCCAGAGCUACCUGUAGAUGUUGGCUAUUGAACAUGGGGCCUUGGGCCUGCAAAGCAGAUUCUCUACCACCAAGCUACACCCCUCCCCUAAAUGAGCUGCAUUUGUAUAGCUACUCUUCUGCAUAUUUCUGGUUUUGCUGGGUCAUGAGGUGGGGCAGGAGCUCUCCCGGGUUAGAGUUCCAAGCAACUGAAUGCUGUGUCUUUCAUAUCUGCUUGGCUUUGGCAGAAUCUGAGCAUAUAAAGCCCUGUCUUCAGCCUGUGGCUGGAGGAUGUAACAAGUGGGAAUGGGAAAUCCAGCAGAAGGAGAGAUGCAUUGAGGCAUGCUCUGUGCUGGGGAAAGGGAUUUAUGUGAAAGAGAAGUCUUCAUCACUUCAUAGCCUUCCAUCUCGAAUAGGUGGACUAAUCUUCAGAAACAAAGAUGGUGGAGGUACUUUCUGCUCUAUCAUGGAUGCAGUGGUGGAAUCCUAAUCUGAACAUUUAUUGUCCUCUGACAUUUUCCUUUCUUUUGCUUGCUGUUCCUCAAGGGCGUGGGGUGGGGUUGUUAGUGGUUUAUUUUGUUCUUGUUCUAUUAUGCGUUUUGUAUGUUUAUCUUGUAUUUUUAUGCUGUGAACUGCCCAGAGAUCUACAGAUGAAGGGUGGUAUACAAAUUUAAUAAGUAAUAAUAAAAGUCAUCUCGUAUUCAGGCUCAUGACUAUACCAUGUCAGUGCCUUGGAGAGGCAUAGUUGCUUCUCAGAUUGGGAGCUCCUGUCAAGGCGGGUUGGCUGCACAGUGUUGAAGCCUGCCAUUGGAAUGCAGCGGUGUUUGACCCAUCAGGCCUUUGGCCAUCAAUGUAAACAGUUGUCUCUGGCUUUUGUUCCUUGUGCUAACCGUUCUGGCUACACAGUGCCUCCAAGCUCCAGCUUUGCGUUUGAUGCUUGCUUCCCGUCUCUUCCCUAGGUCUGUCUGGUGCUGUUCUCCCAAUUUUCCAUAAGCAGAACAAGAACCAAAUCAAACGUUUUAAUCUGCUUGUGUACAGAGAUGGUGGUGUGCAGCUUCCAGAUGUCGUCAUCCGAGUGGCAGGUUACGGGAGCAAGGACUGCAGCAGUGGCGGCAGCUGAUGGGAUCGAACAGCAUAUAAAAACACAAACCUUAACUUCUGUCUUUGACUUCCUGUUGACCUCUUCCUGACCAAGAAAGCAUGGGAAAUGUGAAGGGUAUGCGAAACCGCUGUUGGCUCAGGUGACUUCCCUGAACCCAGCCCAGUGUAUGGUGUUCUGACCACCUGGCUCCUGUUUUGCGGGCUGGGGGAGGAGGGUGGGCCUGUGGCAUGAUGGACAGUUCUAUAUUAAGAUAAUUAUAUAUUAUUGAAUAAAAGUUUUAAAAGUAAAUGUAUGGAGAGUCGUACAGAUGGAAGAAGGCAUGCAGUGAGGCCUCUGCUUUGGAACAGGACAAAUACCAUAUGGGGCGGUGGGGGAAUGUCUCCUUGUAUAGGUCCACAGGACCUUCCACUAGACAGACACAAUUUUUAUUAAGUAAAACUUGAGAAAGAGCAAUGAAGUUUCCUAUGAAUUCCUCCCAUGUGAUAAUCAUUUAGCGUCAAGGCCCCCUCUCCCUAGAAUUCCUCCCUGGUCUCUUCCCCAACCCCUAAUGCAUGGGUAGGCAAACUAAGGCCCAGGGGCCGGAUCCGGCCCAAUCACCUUCUAAAUCCAGCCCAUGGAUGGUCCGGGAAUCUGCAUGUUUUUACAUGAGUAGAAUGUGUCCUUUUAUUUAAAAUGCAUCUCUGGGUUAUUUGUGGGGCCUGCCUGGUGUUUUUACAUGAGUAGAAUGUAUGCUUUCAUUUAAAAUCAUUUCUGGGUUAUUUGUGGGGCACAGGAAUUCGUUCAUUUCCCCCCCUUCAAAAUAUAGUCCAGCCCCCCACAAGUUCUGAGGGACAGUGGACCAGCCCCCUGCUGAAAAAGUUUGCUGACCCAUGAAACAAACCAAUCAAUAUGUAAAAUGAUUCACGGGAUUCAGAUACUCUCAUGGUUGAUUUCCAAAGCAGGUGGUCAAAAAAUAAGUGAAAGAAGAAAGAGGGAAAGAUGUCCUCCUGCUCAUCAUAGUCACUAUCCCUGAAAAUCAGAAACUGUUUCACAAAUUUGCUCAUUAGUGUCUUGGCAUCAAUCACUUGUUUUUUUAAUUAUUAUUUUUUAAUGUAGCCUCUUUCCUUUGAUUCCCUUGUCAUCUUAUGGCUGAGCUAUGCAUGAUGCCUAGCAAUUCAUGGCUGACCUGUUUGGGGUGUUGGUGCAGAUUAAAGUGGAGAGGACCCCCAAAGAGCUAUAAAUUGCAUGCAGCGGUGGUGGUGGUGUUGCUGCUGUUGCUGUGCAAGAGGCUGCUUUCCUUCCCUGGGUGGGGUGGUUGGAAGAAUAUAGGGCACCUGGGAAGCAGGGAAGCAGUCCUUGAGCACAAAAAGGGAAGAGCAGAACGCUCCCUCUGCCAGUGCCACAUGCUAGACACUCACUAUUCCCAUUUCUCUGUUUCCCCACAACAAGCACACACACACAAGAUCAGCCAUGAUCAGUCUCCCGGAGUAUGUAAUUUGCCUCUCACAAAUUCAUGUCUGAGCAUUCGGGGAGCACUUGGCAACAAAGAAUGCCAAGCAGGCAGCCUAGAGGGUAAAGCAGUGCCUGGACCGUAGGAGAGAGAACAGUUUUGGAGGGCUGCUUGGAAUAGCCUUAUUGUGAAGGAGCUCUUCUUGCUCAGUACUAGAACUCAACCUGAUACUGGAAUACUAAGUUGCUUCUGAGGUCUGGAACACAUGCUGCAGUGCCUUGUUUUUAACUUGAAGGCAAUUAUUUAAAUAGGGGGAUCCAACUGGAUACUGUUUCCCCCCAGUAAAGAGUGUGUUACUGUCUCCUUUAACACAGAUAGCAUUUCACCCUCUCUGUUGUCCAGACACUCCUGUUAACAGAUCUGCUUGUGUGUCUAUCCACACAAAUAAAUUAAAUAUUGUACAGUGGUACCUCGGGUGAAGAACUUAAUUCGUUCCGGAGGUCCAUUCUUAACCUGAAACUGUUCUUAACCUGAAGCACCACUUUAGCUAAUGGGGCUGCCACGCCGCCAGAGCAUGAUUUCUGUUCUCGUCCUGAAGCAAAGUUCUUAACCCGAGGUACUAUUUCUGUGUUAGCGGAGUCUGUAACCUGAAGUGUAUGUAACCUGAAGCGUAUGUAACCCAAGGUACCACUGUACUUGUGUUCACUGAGAUACAACUUUUGUGAUCCUUAUUGUGGUGACCCUGUGGUUUUUGCUGUAUGUCACUACAAGUUUAAAAAUGCUUGGCAAGAGCUACAGAUGUCACUAUAACUAAAAUCAGGUAGGUAGCCAUGUUGGUCUGACACAGUCGAAAUACAUAAAAAAAAUAAAAAUUUGUCUAGUAGCACCUU